AUGAAGGGAUCCUCUGCUCAGGUGCAUUGGGACAUGUACAUUUGGAAUAUGCUAAAUGUGCUUAAGCAUAGGUUUAUCAGCUGGCUUGUGAUCCAAUACAAGCUCACAACUAUUGACAGGCUCCUACAAAUUGGAGUUGUGAAUGCAGCUCCUUAUCAGUUUUGUGCUUCAGGAAUUGAAAGUCAUGAACAUCUAUUUUUCAGAUGUACUUAUGCUAGCAGUAUUUUGGAGGCUAUGAAAAACUGGCUUGGUAUUGAAACAACAGAAACUUCAAACUGUAGACUUCUGCACUUUAUGAAGAACAACAGAAGCACAAAAUUCAGGAAGAAUGUGAUUAGUGUUGUCUAUAAUGGGAUUGUCUACUCCUUAUGGUGGGCAAGGAAUGAAGCUGUAUGGAACAUGACUGUCUGGAAUACCUCUGGCGUGGUUAAAAAGAUCAAGCAAAUGGUGGUGAAUCGAAUCAAAAGUGUCAACCUUCAGAAAAUGUCAAGUAGUGAUAAACAGUGGUUAGAGAGCUUAUAUAACACAAGUGUAUAG